AGCUCAAUCAUCCACGUUCGCGGCCAUACGAAGCCAGGUCGUGCCCAGUACCCGCUGCCCCACACACGUCGAGCUUCUUUUCUUUUCUUUUUCCCUUUUGAUAGUCCCCCAAGCAAGCAAAGCGAGCCUAGGGUGGGGUUAACAAACGCCAUAGAAAGUUUUGUUUUUCUUUCCCUUUUAAAACAGGUCACUUUAAACGUGCGGUACAAACGUGUUCCACAAAUUUAUUAGCGCUCUCCUCUUGCCUCCAUCCAUAGAUAGUCAUAUUCUUCGGCACAGUAGCGUCCCUCCCGAGCGGACAUUGACACAACAGGGCUAUCCUCCCACAUCGAGUGCUCCCUCUCCCUCUAUCUGCGCGUACAGUGUUUCCAUAAACGAAGCCGCCAUUCCAGGAACUACGCCCUAGCUUGAGUUCCUCUCUACAACGCUUGAAGGAGUUACCAGCAAGUCGGACGGGCUUGCGCCGCUCACUGCAUCGGCGGAAUCGGGUUAACUGUUUUAUGUGCAAGGAAUUGAGGUGGAAGCUAUCAAAAUGGCAGCAUCUAUAGUUCACAUUCCGUUGUCUCCUAUGACUCUGGAGAUCAACUCUGUUUCAUCAGAAUACGUCACUUGGGUGUAUCGAUGGCGAAACGUUGAUUUGUCGGCAGAUUUCGAAACAUAUUCUCAAAAUUUCGGCCAUCCAGAUGGUUGGGUUUGGCGAAUGCUCUUCCAACAAAACGUCGACUCGGCCGGAAAUCGGGUAUAUGGUAUCUUCCUUUACGUUGUUAUGACCGACAAUGAGCUCCAGGAGCGAACCUGGACCCGAGACAUCCGUUACUUGCAGUUUGUGAUCCUCAAUUCUGAGGGUCGACAGUUGAAGGAUAAGAGCACGGUCGCUGUUUACCGUGAGAACCAAUUGUCGUGGGGUUUCCCUGGACUGCUUGACAAUAGCAUCUUGCUUCGGGACCCCGUCGUCAACACAAGACGCACCGUCGAUAUCGUAUGUCGACUGAGAUACCACCCCGACGGCGAGAAGAUGCGAAGGCCGCUGAGCCCAACUAUGACCGGUAACUUAUUAGGGGGUACUAUGAUUAGUGCCAAUCAUGCGGCAGCUCGAGCUGCUUCUGCUCCGGCGAGCUACUGGGACCAGAAGACGAGUGGCGUGGCAGUUGUUGAUCCCGUAGGGAAGAAUCUUCGAUCACUAAUCAAUAGCCGAAAAUACUCUGAUUUGGAACUCAUUGUCGGCCCGGACAGGCACAUUGUUCAUGGACACAAAGCAAUUCUUGCAGCCAGAAGUGAAUGGUUUGAGGCAGCACUAAGACCAGGGUUUAGGGAAGCAAGAGAAGGCAGAAUUAUUUUACCAGACGAGGAUCCCAAGAUUUUUGAAGCCCUCUUGGAGUUCCUGUACACCGGAGAGUACCCACUGGCAUCGAACAUGAACACAAAUGGUUACAUCCCAGGGUCCCCAAGCGUUGUCGUCGCAGCGAAAAAGUCCACGCCAGAUGGCAUGCACCUCUCGCCACGGUCCCCCCCUAACAUUCCACCACGUGGCAUGGAUGAUGCCGUAUCAACUAUUGCCGGCAGUUUUGCCGAAUCGCAACAACCACCAGAGGAGCCAACUUAUGACUACCUCAACACCUAUGAGAAUACAGUUGAGAUGAUGGAUGAAGAGGAGGAACUGGAUGAACAAAAGUAUGCGUUGUUCCUAAUGGCAGACAAAUUCGGGAUCUCCCAACUCAAGAGCCUGAUUCGGAUCCAUCUUAUGAAUGAAUUACUUGACCUGGCGAGCCCCAACCCACCUAGUCAGAGACUAUUGAGAUUGAUCAGGUUCGCCUUUGAGGACUUGCCAGAGAGCACAUCUACCAGAAAGAGGGAUAGUGGAGUGGGCUCCUCGCUUAGUGGGUCGGGGAUGAUGCCAAGAGAAGGAAGCCCUAGCGCGGGAUACACACAUGGAUACGUUUAUGGUGGCGGUUCAGGAAGCGGAUACCCACUCAACGACCCUAUGGUGGCAAGCUCUGUCAUGGAAAAUCGAGAAGGCGCGGCUUCUGCUUUUGGUCAAGCAGCCGAAGGAAGCGAUGUUGGGUUGGCUAUGACAACUGAGCGAAGAAGUACAAGCAGGAUUAGCAACUCUAGCAGUAUGACUGGUACUGGAAAUGGAAAUGGGGGGUACAGGGGUGGCGUUUAUGGAAAAGACAACGAAACCGCUUUACUACGGGAGAGCAUCACAACUUACGUGGCUAAGAUGUUCCAUGCGGUUAGACAGUUAGAAGGGUUCGAUGAGCUAUUGAGGGAAGGGGGUGAGAUGGGGGGCUUUGCCCGGAAGGUGAUGGAUAGCAUGUUUAGGCCUUGAAGUAAUUCAUGAAGGAUGGGCAUACGUGAGCGGCGUUUUUCGGUUCGGUCAAUUGCUUUCAUGGGUGUUCAAUGCUCUGCGAAGCAAUCAUUUUUUCACUCCCACUAUUUUUUCUUUUCUUUCGGAGGCUACAUUCCCCCUUUGCAUCUAGCACUCGGAAAACACAUUUUGAUGUAGAACUUUUAUUGCUUCAUUUCAUUUUUUAUUUUGUCUAAAUCUGGUGGCUUACCUCUUGCAUUUGCGAACCACGAGAAUGGGAGGAAAAAAAAACCAUGAGAUACAGAUAAUUACUUCUCUCUUCUCGUCCUCUUUCGCUGUUUCACACCAUUUCAUUGGCAUUUUCUCUUAGAAAUAACAAGGGUGGCGGGUAGGGCCUAGUUUUCCCUUUCGUCCUCAACCCCCAACAAUCCGGACACUUAACUUUAUACCCAUUUUAUUCUUUUUAUGAUCUCAAUUUUUGGGAUUCAUUCUAUUUGUCUUCUGGAGUCGUGGGUUUGGGAAGUUUCUAGUCUUUUCUUUUUUCAAUGUCUCUUUUUCCUGCCCUCUGGUCACUUUACCUUCGGUUUAGCUUCAUGUUGGCUUAACUGGGUUGCCAUCAUGCUCUUAU